CAAAGCUAGUUUCACUGUUUCAGCUUUCACCCUCUCCGUCUUCUCUCGUCUUCUCUUCUCUGUAAGUUUCCCGUCAAAAUUAGAUUGAAAAUCUUAUCAUCCACCGAGAAAAUUCCACUUGCUUUCUCUUUUGGAGCUUCGAAUUUUGCUGCAAGAAACCGAGAAAAUCCCCCAAACCAAUCCACAAACGCUUUCCCAAAGUUCAUGCUAACGGAACUACCAAAAUGACCGUCUCGCCCUCUCUCUCCCUACCCCACCCUUUGCUCCUCAGACCCAACCCUAAGUCCAACCAUUUCACAUUCCCAACCAAAAACCCCCAACUCUCAAUCCACCACCGGAGAUUUCUCUCCGGCGACCGGAGAUUCACCUCUGGGAGAGCCAGGGCCAAGAAGGAGCUCGUCCUCGGGAACCCCUCGGUGAUGGUGGAGAAGGGCAAGUACAGCUACGACGUGGAGACUCUAAUCAACAAGCUCAGCAGCCUUCCGCCACGUGGCAGCAUCGCUCGGUGUCUAGAGAUGUUCAAGAGCAAGCUCUCGCUCAACGACUUCGCGCUGGUCUUCAAGGAGUUCGCUCAGCGCGGAGAUUGGCAGCGCUCGCUCCGUCUCUUCAAGUACAUGCAGCGCCAGAUAUGGUGCAAGCCCAACGAGCACAUCUACACCAUCAUGAUCAGCCUCCUGGGCCGCGAGGGCUUGCUCGAGAAGUGCCGCGAGGUGUUCGACGAAAUGCCCAGCCAGGGCGUGGCCAGGACCGUGUUCUCCUACACCGCGGUGAUCAACGCCUACGGGCGUAACGGUCAGUACGAGACUUCGCUUGAGCUCCUUGAGAAAAUGAAGAUGGAAAUGAUUAUGCCGAGCGUAUUAACCUAUAACACUGUGAUAAAUGCUUGUGCUAGAGGGGGGUUGGAUUGGGAGGGCUUGUUGGGAUUGUUUGCGGAGAUGAGGCAUGAAGGGAUACAACCUGACCUUGUUACGUAUAAUACUUUGCUUAGUGCCUGUGCUGGUAGGGGUUUAGGCGACGAGGCGGAGAUGGUGUUUAGGACUAUGAACGAGGGAGGGAUAGUUCCCGAUAUAACCACGUAUAGUUAUCUGGUUGAGACGUUUGGGAAAUUGGGUAAGCUCGAGAAGGUCUCAGUGCUUCUUAAGGAAAUGGAGUUGGGAGGGAAUUUGCCGGAUAUAAUGUCAUAUAAUGUGUUAUUAGAGGCGUAUGCGCAAUUGGGGUCAAUAAAAGAUGCGAUGGGUGUGUUUAGGCAGAUGCAGGGGGCGGGGUGUGUGCCAAAUGCUGCUACUUAUAGUACUUUGUUGAAUUUGUACGGGAGGAAUGGGAGAUACGAUGAUGUUCGUGAGCUUUUUCUCGAGAUGAAAGCAAGCAAUACGGAACCGGAUGCAGCUACUUAUAACAUUUUGAUACAGGUAUUUGGUGAGGGUGGGUAUUUCAAGGAGGUGGUGACUUUGUUUCAUGAUAUGGUGGAGGAGAAUGUUGAACCGGAUAUGGAAACUUAUGAGGGGAUAAUAGUUGCUUGUGGGAAGGGAGGGCUCCAUGAGGAUGCCAAGAAAAUUUUGCUUGACGUGAAUGAGAAAGAGAUAGUGCCAAGUUCCAAGGCUUAUACUGGGGUAAUUGAAGCAUAUGGGCAAGCUGCACUAUAUGAGGAAGCUCUUGUUGCCUUUAACACAAUGAAUGAAGUGGGGAGCACACCGACUGUUGAAACCUACAACUCAUUGAUUCAUGCAUUUGCGAGGGGUGGGUUGUACAAGGAAUGUGAAGUUAUUUUGUUCAGAAUGGGUGAGGCUGGUGUCGCUCGGAAUGUGGAUUCCUUCAAUGGUGUGAUCGAAGCUUUUAGGCAAGGAGGUCAAUUUGAGGAAGCUGUGAAGGCACACAUUGAGAUGGAAAAGGCAAGAUGUGAUCCUGAUGAACGGACCCUUGAGGCAAUUUUAAGUGUUUACUGCGUUGCAGGUCUUGUUGAUGAGAGUGUGGAGCAGUUCCAGGAAAUUAAAGCUUCAGGAGUAUUGCCCACUGUCAUGUGCUAUUGCAUGAUGCUGGCUGUUUAUGCAAAGAGUGACAGGUGGGAUGAUGCUCACGAGUUGCUGGAUGAGAUGUUAACAAAUAGGGUAUCAAGUAUUCAUCAAGUGACAGGGCAUAUGAUCAAGGGAGAUUAUGAUGAUGACUCUAACUGGCAGAUGGUAGAGUAUGUCUUUGACAAACUUAACUCUGAAGGAUGUGGGUUGGGAAUGAGGUUCUACAACACACUUUUAGAAGCGCUUUGGUGGCUGGGUCAGAAAGAACGGGCUGCAAGAGUGCUCAAUGAAGCAUCAAAGAGGGGGCUUUUUCCUGAACUCUUCCGUUACAAUAAACUUUUGUGGUGUGUGGAUGUACACAGGAUGUGGGAAGGUGGAGCAUAUACAGCAAUAUCACUUUGGCUUAACAAUAUGCAUGAGAUGUUUAUAAAUGGGGAGGAUCUUCCUCAACUAGCAAGUGUUGUUGUAGUGAGGGGGCGGAUGGAGCAAAGCUCAGUUACACGAGAUUUUCCCAUUGCAAAGGCUGCCUUUUCAUUUCUGCAGGAUAAAGUGUCAUCAUCCUUUUCUUUCCCCAGCUGGAACAAGGGUCGAAUUGUUUGCCAGCGGUCACAACUCAAGCGAAUCCUGACGGGCUCAGAAUCAUCUUCAGAUAGGUCCAAAGAGGAUAAAGUAAUAGAUUUGAGUAACUCCCCCUUUAAUCUUCCAGGAGCUAGAACUUCCAAAAGUGAUGUAAAGAGUAUCCAACAUAAAGAUGCCGAUUCUGAAACUACGAUCAGGACCAGAACAGAGCUUGUACCAAGCACAGUUUAGAAAGAUGUUCAAUAUGCAUUUAUCGGUUUUAAGAGCUUGGAAAAUCUCGAUCUCCCUGUUCAGUUGAGAGGAAGUGAAAAUUUGUCGGAGAACGUUUUUUAUGGUCUUUAACAAAUUAGCACUGAGCCUGGCAGAAUGCCAAGUGUGGCAAACACAGCAGAAUAAUAAUGUUACUUACAAUACCUGGUUAAAGUUCAGUCGGUCGCUGUUGCUUACCAGCUCGAUCUGAAUUCAGUUUUGAUCCUUGCAUUUAGCAUUGGGGAGACUUCAGGUGAUGAGCAGGAUUGUGAUUUUGUAGCUGUAGAUUAUUCUUUUCAUGUGUAAAUGUACAUUAUAUUUUUCACAUCUUAAUCUUUUAAAUGGGUUGAUGGGUGAGUGGGUCAGUUUCAAAACGUACUGACCUAUAUAUGCUUAAAUUCCUAAUAGAAAGAUGAGAAUCUUUUAA